AAAUCACUCCAACGGGAGGGGAGAGAAGAGGGCAAAACCUUGACGUGGUCGAUCCUUCCUCGCCCCCCCUCCGAGCUUCGCUCUCAUUGGUUGAUCCGGUCCGCGGGCUUCCUGUUCCUUCCCGGCUUCCGUCCUUUCCCUUCUCGUCGGCAGCCGGAGUUUGUCGUCGCCGUGAUGGCCAAGAUCAAAGCCCGUGACCUGCGAGGGAAGAAGAAGGAAGAGCUGUUGAAACAGCUGGAAGACCUCAAGGUGGAACUGUCUCAGCUACGCGUUGCCAAGGUGACUGGCGGAGCAGCUUCCAAACUUUCCAAGAUCCGGGUGGUUCGCAAGUCCAUCGCCAGAGUGCUGACAGUCAUUAACCAGACCCAGAAGGAAAACCUCAGGAAGUUCUACAGAGGCAAGAAAUACAAGCCCUUGGACUUGCGUCCAAAGAAGACACGUGCCAUGCGGCGGAGGCUAAACAAGCACGAAGAAGGCCUGAAGACAAAAAAACAGCAACGGAAAGAGCGUCUGUAUCCCCCCCGGAAAUACGCCGUGAAGGCCUGAGCCUUGGGUGGUCACCCCACCAUUGACUGUCAAGCAGAACUGGCCCAUUAAAGAUUUUGUCAUCAGAAA